AUGUAUUCUAAUGCAGUCAUUGGCAAUGAAACCUCAUCCGGCCUAAAUAGCUGCCCAGCGGAAAUAUUGCACUUAGUGUUCCAGUUACUAUCAUCUGCUGAACUCCAUGCACUAUGCCUUCCCUUCCUCUACGCCUAUAACCCACCAGUUACUCAGUUUUUGCGAAGUAUUGUGCACAGGCUAGAGCUCACUAGUUUUAUCCAUCAUAACUAUAAACAGAAAAGUCCUAAACUCCUAGUUACUGAAGUAGUCUUAGAUGAGCUACUCCCCAGUCUGAGAUGCUUCCACCUAGAUUGCCAUCUUCCUUCCUUUAUACAUCUCCAAGAUGUGUCAGCUGUGUAUCCUGACCUUGGUCUCAACAUUCGCAAAUACAUAGAUGUUAGGAACAUGGCUGAUGUCCUCCCCCUCUUUUACUUGCCUUUAGUUGAAUGGAUAAAGGCUCUUAUCAAUAACCCUGCUACUUUCAUUUGGCCUGGGAAAUAUCUGCUAAAUCUAUUAAGACUUACAUCACUUAACUUGACAAUGUUGCGCGAAGGGCAUCUUAGUCAAGUAUUAUUAGAUUGGUACUACCGCCCAGAUCUUAAAGAUCAUUUUAUCACAGAUAUUAUUAAUUUAGAUAAAAUCGCCGCGGAUCUAUCUCAUGUUCAAGAGACUCUGAUAGACUUGACUAUUACAGCAAGGUUAGAUCUCACAUUUAGUGGGUCUUUUAAAACUUUUAGUAGACUCUAUAUGCUAAAAAGAUUGGAAGUUCCACUUCUAUUUCUGCGUGGAUUUUCCCAAUCAGCGCUAAAUGUGCGAGAAUGGGAAUGGGACUGCGAGACUGAAUACCUAUUGGGAGCUAUUUGCUCAUGGCUACAAGAUUGGAAGAGAUCCACACCUUGCCUCCAAGGAUUUCGUCUGUUGACGAAGGAGAUACCAGUGCGGGAUUGGGGGUUUGACCCUGUGAUGAUACAGGCGCUCAGAGACAUAGGUGCCCAGACAGGAAUCCAGGUUCAAAUAAUUGAAGGAGAAGGAGUCGAGUAG